AUCAGCCUCCAGCAAGAAAACAUGGGCAGACAGAAGGUGUAUUUGGACAAACUGUCCCGGUUCUUUCAGAUCCGUAACCUGCUGCUGCGCCAGGCCCUGGCAGAGUGUCUUGGCACCCUCAUCCUUGUGAUGUUUGGCUGUGGUGCUGUGGCCCAGCUGGUGUUGAGCGGUGGAUCUCAUGGCAUGUUUCUCACUGUCAACUUUGCCUUUGGUUUUGCAGCCACUUUAGGCAUUUUGGUCUGUGGACAAAUAUCAGGUGGCCAUUUGAACCCUGCCGUGACCUUUGCCCUGUGUCUGCUCGGAAGAGAGCGCUGGAGGAAGUUCCCCAUGUUCUUCCUCUUCCAGACAAUCGGUGCUUUCUUUGGUGCUGCUAUCAUUUUCGGCAUGUACUACGAUGCCCUAUGGGAUCAUCCUGGAUGUUUCAAUGUGACUGGACCUAAGGCCACAGCUGGCAUCUUUGCUACCUACCCUGGAAAACAUCUCACCCUUGUCAAUGGCUUCUUUGAUCAGAUAAUUGGUACAGCUGCCCUCAUAGUUUGCAUUCUCGCCAUUGUGGAUCCGUACAACCAUGCUAUUCCCCAGGGGCUGGAAGCCUUCACUGUGGGAUUCGUGGUUCUGGUUAUUGGAUUGUCUAUGGGCUUUAACUCUGGAUAUGCUGUCAACCCUGCCAGAGACCUCGGACCACGUAUUUUCACAGCAAUGGCUGGUUGGGGCAGUGAUGUAUUCACGGUCAGAAACGGCUGGUUCCUGGUGCCUGUGUUUGCCCCAUUCCUCGGCACCAUCAUUGGCGUUAUGAUCUACCAGCUGAGUGGCUUCCAUGCCGAGGGUGAAGUACGGGACAGAAAGGCACUGAGCAGGAGAAACGUCCGACUCACCAAUGUCACUGCCAACGACAACCCCAAAGAACCAACCAAAGAAAUGCACUGAGUGUGUUAAAGACAUUCAGCAGCUCAUGCACAUUCUGUAAAUAGUAACACAAACCGCAAUUUCCUUCCAGCCACGACUGGCUUCUUAAAAUUGUCUUUACAGCUGUUGGGAUGUUUCCCAAGAUAGCUGUGUUUUGUGAAAACAGGCCACUCUCAUCAUUAUCAUGUAUUUGUAUUAUAUUGUAGAGUAAUGAUUGUGUAAAGUGUAGCGAGGAGAAACACAACUUUAGAAACACAGAAUUACAUUAAUUCUUUUAGUAUGAGACGAACCUUUGUAUCUUAGUGUCUGUAACACUCCAAUUUGAACAGUAUUUCAUGUUUUAUAAUAAUAAAGUUUUAUAUAACCUUUUAUAUUAUUUUAUAGAGUGUGACUUUCCCAACUGACUCCAACCCAAAUUUUCAGUCCAGGACUUUUACCUGUUUUGUUUUGAUUUGAGAAACUUUUAUAGUAAUUGGUUAAGCCAACCAAAGAGAGCAUUCAUCAGAGAAUAUUUGCACAAGAAGACAGUUGUACAAUUUGAGUACAUUAAAUGGAAUUAUUCAAUCCUGGUCGACUACUUCAGUGUCCACUCCGUUGUUUAGAGCUGAUGGAUGUUGGUGAAGCAACAUCCCUCCCACAACAUUUCGUUACUUCACCACUGCCAUUUAGAGCACCUAUAGUAGGGCUGCAGUGUUUUUAUAUAGAGUCUAUUUGCCCUAUAAAAGCUCUGACAAGCAAUUCUUAAACAUGCUGACAAUUACUGUGAUACGCCAUCAGCUAGUAAGUUGAUCACUUCCCCUUUUUGUGCACUAAUGUCACCAGAAGCUGUUUUAGCGCCUCAGUUUUAUGCUUGACAGCAGUCAGUUCUCUUUCUUUAUACAUUUCACCAUGUCAUCCUAUUGAAUGUUUCUGAAAUUAUGUUCAUUUAUGACUCUAAAAGUGUUUUAUAUCUUGUAACUGACCCAUGGAGAAGUACUGGACUGGACUGUGAGCACCUUGUAUGUAGGUUGGAGGGAAAUGCUUUUGUACUGAUACAAUAAAGUUCUGUUUUGUAUUGUUGCACA